ACCUAGCGGAAGUUUGCUCGACCCACAUAAGAUUAGCAUAAUUUUGGGAAAGUUGAAGUGCGUUUUGUCAUCAGAAGUGUAAAGAUAACCCAAAUUAAAGUGGAAAUAGGUCAAAAUGCAAAGUGUUUUGGUGAGAAUUUGGUUGUGUUUGUUGGGGACCUUAUCGAUCAUAUCGGGGGAAGCGGAGCCGCAGCUCAAUUUGCCCCAACUAGGGGGACCAAUUAGUUCCACUGUUAGACCUCAGGUGAUACCGAAUAGUUACUCGGAACCAGAAGUGGAUCGCGAGCCGGACGCACGCAAGGAAGGAAACAAUCCGGAUAGGAGUCGAAGUGAACGGUUCGGUCCUCCGUACGAGGAGUUGACCAACGAAAACGAAGAAGAUGAUAUGGAAAACUAUCCGCAAGGAAGAAACAAUGACGAUCGACAGCAGCGGCAAAAUAGGCCAUUUUCAUACGACGAUCGCUAUCGGUACAACAACGAUGAUGAUCGUAACUACGAUAGAAACCGUAAUCAAAACGACCGGGAUCGAUAUCCCUACGAUCGGAAUCCCAAUCGAUACGUAUCGGAUGUGGAAAAUCCUCUGCUUUAUCAGAAUCGCGCUCCUUACACUCCAAAUCAGGGUGAUCCAUACAGCUACGAUCGUAAUCGGGAUAGUCCCUAUGAUAGGAACCGUCGACCGUACGUCGAUCGUGACGUAGAUAAUCCGAACCUCUACCAAGAUCGUACACCGUAUAAUCCAAAUCAGCAGAACAACGGCCGAUACGAUCCGAACCAGAAUGGUCGUUACGAUCCAAAUGGUCGUUUUGACUCCAAUCAAAAUGGUCGCUUUGAUCCUAAUCAAAAUGGCCGUUUCGAUCCCAAUCGGAGACCGUACGAUGGCAUUCGACCGGAGGAUGAAUUCAAUCGUCCUUAUGAUCCAUUCAAUCCACGACCGUUUUUGAGUCCUGAAGAAGAGCGCCGGAUACGGUUGGAGAUGGAAAAGCUGAAAACGCUGCUGGGUGAUAUCGAUCGGAAAAGUUCUCUGGAAUGUUCGUUGAACGUGGGAGCGCAGUGGAAUUUCGAAACCAACGUCAACGAUGCAACGCAAGUUGAAGCUAUUGCGGCCCAGCAGCGCUACAACGACUUCCAGCGGCUUUUGUGGGACCAAAUGCGGCACAUCGACCAAACCAAGAUCUAUGACGAUAAACUGUACCGGCAGGUUAAGCUGAUGUCCAUAAUUGGCCCAAGUGCAUUGCCACCGGACCAGCUGGAUCGGUACAAUCGGAUCGUCAACGACAUGUUGGCAAUCUUCAACGGUGCCCAGAUAUGUGCCUUCGAGCGGCCAUUCGAAUGUGGCCUAAGGCUCCAGCCCCACUUGAAAGAGAUCAUGGCCAAAUCUAGGGACUGGAAUGAGCUGCAGUACACAUGGCUGGAAUGGCGACGAAAGUCCGGUCGACACAUGCGGGAAAUGUUUGAACAGCUUGUAGAUCUGACGAACGAUGCGGCUCGUGUUAAUAAUUUUUCCAACGCUGCCACUUAUUGGCAAUUCCCGUAUGAAUCACGGAACUUUAGACAGGAGAUGGAACAAGUUUGGAAUGAAAUUCUUCCUUUGUACGAAAUGCUUCACGCUUACGUGAGAAGGAAACUUCGUGAAUUCUACGGACCGGAUAAAAUAAACAAAAAUGCCCCCAUUCCGGAUCACAUCCUGGGCGAUAUGUAUGGACAAAGUUGGAGCAACAUUUUGGACAUUCUCAUACCCUACCCAGGUAGAAGUUUCCUGGAAGUAACACCAGAAAUGGUAAAACAGGGUUACAACCCACUGGUGAUGUUCCAGCUGGCGGAAGAAUUUUAUGUUUCAAUGAAUAUGAGUGCCCUUCCGCCGGACUUUUGGCUAACUUCCGUUUUCACAAACCCACCGGAUCGGCCAAUCCUGUGUCAACCUUCGGCAUGGGACUUUUGCACCGGCAAGGACUACCGCAUCAAAAUGUGCACAACUGUGACGCACAAAGAUUUGAUAACGGUUCAUCACGAGAUGGCACACGUGUACUACUUCUUGAACUAUCGGAAUAAUCCGAAAGUUUUCCGGGAUGGAGCUAAUCCGGGCUUCCAUGAGGCAAUUGGGGAUGCUGUUACCUUAUCAGUAGCUUCGCCAAAACAUCUCCAGAACCUGGGUCUGGUACAGAAAAAUGUAGAUGAUACCGCACACGACAUCAAUUUCCUGUUUUCGUUGGCGCUUGAGAAAUUGGCUUUCCUGCCAUUUGCGCUAUCCCUCGAGGCAUGGCGCUACGAUAUUUUUGAUAAAAAAGUGCGAAAGGAGCAGUACAAUUGUCACUGGUGGCUUUUGAGGGAGCAGUUUGGAGGAGUGAAGCCACCGGUGCUGCGAUCGGAGCUGGACUUUGAUCCUGGAGCAAAAUAUCACGUCGCAGCGAACAUCCCCUAUAUCAAGUAUUUCUUCUCCAAUGUCCUUCAGUUCCAAAUCCAUCGUGCUUUGUGUGUUGCUUCCCGCCAAUAUGAUCCACAAGAUCCAUCCAAACCAUUGCACAAAUGCGACAUCUAUCGACAACCUGCGGCUGGCAACAUUCUCAAACAGCUGAUGGAACGCGGAGCCUCACAGCCCUGGCAGCAGGUGCUCCAAGAGGUACUCGGAGAAGGCCGCCUGGACGGGACGGCAUUGCGGGAGUACUUCAGACCCCUCGAAGAGUGGCUUCGGAACGAAAAUCUUCGGACCAACGAGUUCGUCGGUUGGAUCUACGAUGGGGACUAUUGCAAGCACAGCAUCGAAACGGCCAACCUGCAGGUGUACGGAGGCUUCUAUAAUGCCGGAUUGCGGUUGCAGAUCAGUACUAGUGGGUCUCUUCUUAUGAUGGUGCUGUACUUGUUCGGUCAAGCGUAUCUUCAUCAGCUGCGAUUAAUUUAGCGCGCAUUCCGCUGAGAAGUCCGAUACUUAGAUAGGGAGAGGCGUGGAAACAUGCAUUUGCUUUCAUUCAUUAGAUGUAGUCGAGCACUUUACGAACUAGAAGCCAGUAGUGUCCAGCCCGAAAAACCUGUUACUUGUCCGCUUAGAAGGAAUUACUACACUUACUAUUGUUCUAUAUUUCAAAGAUGACAGCUAAUUUCAAAACCUCCGUAAUAAUCUCACGGAUCGUUUUGAUUGGCUAUAGAAUAGGUAUACUUUCAAAAUCCAAAAACAAUGUUGAGCGGAUUAAAUGAUGAAAGUUUUUCGGUUGUUAGUUUAAGGUUUACUUGUUUCAUCUUAUCUUUCUAAUAGUAUGUAGGUAUUCUCACAGUGAACAGUUUCUAGAAGUACAGUUGAACCUAUACAAACAAAGAGCAUUCGCAUUAAGUACUCUGGAGAAUAAAUUCGAUAAAAACCUCAUAUC